AUGAGAACCAUUGAGGAGACUCGAAAGAGAUGGGAAUUAUUAUUCCUCGGCAAUGAUACAUCCUCCGAUCUCCAGGCGGCGCUGCGGGCGGAGCAGGAUGGGAAGCUGUGCAACGAAGGGCUGAGGUCGAUUUGCUGGAAGGUAUUCCUACUUUUCGAGGGUCUCGAUCGCGAAGAAUGGUCACAGAAGCUUGGCGAGUCUCGAGAUGCUUACACUGCUAUCCGUGAUCAUUUCAUGAAGUACAUUGAACAUCCAGAUGAUUUGGAGUCAACGGUGGACCCACUGGCAGACGAUGAAGAGUCCCCAUGGCAAGCCCUUCGCAAUGACGAGAACCUACGAGCCGAAAUCUCCCAGGAUGUUGACCGGUGCUUGCAAGAGAAUUUCUUUUUCCGGGAACCCACCACAAAGUCCAUAUUGAUCGACGUCUUGUUUGUGUACUCGAAACUCAACCCCGAUGUCGGUUACAGACAAGGCAUGCAUGAAUUACUGGCCCCCAUUCUCUGGGUAGUCGAUCGAGACUCUGUUGAAAAGAUAGGGAGCUCGGUGAAUAUUACAGAUAAUAAAGACGACCCGCUCAUGUUAGAUCUCCUUGAUUCCAAUUUCGUGGAGCAUGAUUCUUUUACGCUGUUUCUUUCCGUUAUGCAGACGACACGCAUAUACUACGAGCAUGGAGAAACUAAAUCCGCGAAUGGCCAGGUCGAUGUGAUACCAAUCGUCAAUCGAUGCCAGUAUCUUCACACCGAGGCUCUCAUGAUUAUCGAUCAUGAACUAGCUGAACACUUACAGGCCGUGGAUGUUCUCCCCCAGAUCUUCUUAACCCGCUGGAUGCGUCUUUUAUUCGGUCGAGAGUUCCCAUUCAACGAUGUGCUCAUGAUGUGGGACGUGCUAUUUGCGCAUGGGCUGAGGUCUGACCUCGUAGACUUUACAUGUAUUGCAAUGAUGCUUCGAAUCCGCUGGGACUUGCUCAAGGCGGAUUAUUCCGGUGCCCUGACACUGCUACUUCGCUAUCCUUCACCCCAGCCGCAUGCACCCCACGAGUUCGUGCGCGAUGCCCUAUACUUGGAACAAAACCCUACCGCAGAGCGAGGCAGCUUUAUUAUCGCCAAGUACUCGGGCAGAGCACCGGAAUCUCCAAACCGACACAGCCAGUCUGGCUUGCGGCCGGCUCGCAAAGCCUUUCUCUGGGAAGAUUUCAAAAGUCGCAGCAACAGUACUUCACCAGCUUCCUCCGCGAGGAACAGCCCCAAAAGUCUCGAAGCGCUACUCCAGGAUGUUUCUCAAGGGAUCCAACGCCGCACAGAGUCUUGGGGAGUGGCCAAGGCAGUCCGCGGGGCCGUCACAGAAGCCCGGAAGAACAUGCAAACGAUGCAUUAUGAACCCGGUCCACGGAUGAAUGCUGCAAAUCACAAACCUGGGCUGCCUACGGCCAAGCCUACGGCUACUGAACUUGGGCUAGAAAGUAAGAUUGGCCGCCUGGAGGAAAGAAACAAAGAGCUGUCCACUGCCUUAGGCGAAGCCCUGGAGAGCCUUCGGUCUCAGUUAGCGGACUGCAAACUGUGUGCAAACGAGGCCGUGGAGCAGGCAUUGACUCAAGCUGAGGAAGUUCGACGUUGUCUUGAGGACCCCUUACAUCCAGUAGUCACCGCGCGGCCUGUCCACGUAGAUAACGAGCCGACCAAGCCUAUUAAGUCCACCGAGCUACCAGCCAAUUCAAAAGCAGACGGCCUAGCAGAAGUUGCGCAGGAUCAGCAGGGCAUAGUUAAGGCGGAUGCCGAAAGUGAAACUUCCAAGCCUGUAGUGGUUGCCACUCGCGCGACAAACGGCCAGGCCGACGGUGAGCGGGUAUCGAGGUCCCUUGUGCGGCCAUCCCUGUCUGAUGCAGGGUUUUCGUGGAUGUUGGAUGGAAGUCGAAAUGCCUCCAGCUUUGUGAGUUCCGCAUCAGUUCCACCUGAGCAGACUCGAAAGACUCGACACCAGGACCACACCCGAAAUAGAGGCAAUCCGCUCUUUGGGGGAGAUGAGAAAGCAGCAUCAGAUCCUGAGCAUGAUGAACUGGCUCUGCAUAGUCUCGGGGGCACCCGAGGACCACUGUAA